GACAACAAUUACAGUUAUCUGUUAGAUAGCCGCAUGUUGCACUGAAGAUUUUAGUUGUAAUCAACAUAAAUUUAUACAUUUUCAUAAUUUUUCUCUGACCAUAUGUUUAAAUACAAGCCUGUACACGUGUGUACAUAUUACUCUUUUAAUUGAAAACAGUAUCUACAUUUCAUAACUUCUCAGACCCAAGUCCUUUUAACAUUAGGUAUAUCUCAUAUGGCCAAUGGCAGAUGAUCCUGACAGAGAAGUAUUUCCUGUUAAGGAAGUUCAACCCACAAGCAUUCAUGUACAUGGAUUGACGUAUGGAGAUGUAGGUACAAUCAAAAGAACCACAGCUCAGUUAAACAGAGAAGAAAUUGAAGACAAGUAUCUUCGUCUUCAAGAUGAACACCUGCUUCUGAAAAAACAUGCAAGAAAGCAAGAAGAUAAAAUCAAAAGAUUAGCUACAAAGUUAACAAGGCUUCUCAAUGAUAAGAAACGUUUAGAGCAAGACGGAUUUGGAAGAAAGCGAGAUGUGGAAACAGAAGAAAUGGUACAAGACCUACAGGAUAAAGUAAGAGAUCUGGAACGACAAAAUUCCCAACUUCGAGAAAAGCUUUUGGUUGCUAAGCAACAGAUUGUUUCUAAUGUGAGAAGACAUACACCUUAUAGAAAUGUGCAAGCAAGAGUUGAUUCGAGUCAGUCCAAGUGGAGUUCUUCCCCUGUAUGUAUUUAAUCUGCUAGACGAGGCUCGGACCGAGAUAAGGCAACUAGAAGAUAGGUUGAGUUCUCAAAAUGUCCAAAUAGAAGUGUAUGAACAAGAAAUUCAAACACUUAAAGAACAGCUGAGGGUCAGAGAUAUUGAGCAUGAAGAGGAAAUCUGUGCUUUAAAAGGACAGGUCACGCAAGGGCAAAAACAACACAUCCAGGAGAACAUAGACCUUAUUCGACUCCACAGAGAUGUGAAGCAGAAAUCUAGUAAACUGCUUAUUCUAGAGACCCAGAACUCGGAACUAGAAGAGAAAUUGAGGAUUACGGAAUCCAACUUUCAAGAAUUACAAAGAGAAGUUGAAACUCUGAACUCACAACUGAAAGAAGAAAGAGGAAGAACUUUCACACUGCAAGGAGAAGUUAGGAAGCUAACAGCAAAUCAAAGGGCACUGUCUGAAUUGGAAGAAUGCAUUACUGAUCUAAGAAAUGAAAAUAAAGUUUUGAAGGAUGCAAAUGAAAAACUCAUUAACAGGUAAUGUAACACGUUUUAUAUUAUGUGUGAUAACUUCAAGUAUAAUACCUAAUUCUGUUGAAUAUUUUCUGAUUUUCUGGUACAAUGGCUGAUUGUUUUCAUAAUAUCUGAUUAACUUUUGUAUGAUACCUGAUU